GUUGAUGCCAGUGGGGGUAUCUGUGGAAGUCCAGGCAGAAUCCAGCGGUGCAGUAAUAACAAAGUGUCCUGUUAUUACUGCUGAAAAUGACUGCGAACCCAAACACAGCCAUGGCCGACGGUGAGGAAUGGGGAAAGCCUGUGGAGAGGAAAGGGAGACUGACUUGGGUCCUGGCGCUGGCAACGCUCACAGCUGCAUUUGGUUCGUCCUUCCAAUAUGGCUAUAACGUAUCCGUGGUCAACUCUCCAUCGCAGUUCAUGCAGCAGUUUUAUAAUGCCACCUAUACGGAGCGUUACAACCGUCCAAUUGAGGGGAACUACCUGACUCUGCUGUGGUCCCUGUCUGUGUCCAUGUUCCCUCUCGGAGGCUUCUUCGGCUCUCUGAUGGUGGCCCCCCUGGUCAACAGACUGGGAAGGAAGGGCACCCUCCUCUUCAACAACAUCUUCUCCAUUGUCCCUGCUAUAAUGAUGGGAGUCAGUGAGAUCGCCAAGUCCUACGAGAUCAUCAUCGUGGCCAGGCUUAUAGUGGGCAUCUGUGCAGGUCUCUCAUCCAGUGUGGUGCCCAUGUAUCUGGGUGAGAUUGCACCCAAAAACCUGAGGGGAGCUCUUGGCAUUGUACCACAGCUCUUCAUCACUGUUGGCAUCCUCUGUGCCCAAGUGCUGGGCAUUAGAAACAUACUAGGAAACAGCACAGGCUGGACCCUCAUGCUUGGCCUGACUAGUAUUCCUGCUGUGAUUGAACUACUGCUGCUCCCCUUCUUUCCUGAGAGCCCCAGGUACAUGCUCAUCCAGAAGGGAGAUGAGAAGAAAGCAACGAAAGCACUACAGCGUCUGCGUGGUUGGGACGACGUGGACACCGAGCUGUUAGAGAUGCGUCAGGAGGACCAGUCUGAGAAGGCUGAAGGCCACCUGACUGUGCUCUCCCUGCUGUCCCAGCGCUCUCUUCGCUGGCAGCUCAUCUCCAUAGUCAUCAUGAACAUGGGCCAGCAGCUGUCGGGUGUCAAUGCGAUCUACUACUAUGCAGACAGCAUAUAUGCCUCUGCAGGAGUCAGGGAGAACGACAUCCAGUAUGUCACAGUGGGAACAGGGGCAGUGAAUGUCUUCAUGACUAUAACCGCUGUGUUCAUCGUGGAGGCCGCGGGGCGCCGGCUGCUCCUCCUCUGUGGGUUUGGGAUCUGCUGCGGCGCCUGUGUGCUGCUCACUGUCGCGCUCACCUUGCAGGCGACCGUGGCAUGGAUGCCCUACAUCAGCAUCGCCUGUGUCAUCAUCUACGUCAUAGGACAUGCCAUAGGACCCAGUCCCAUUCCUUAUGUGGUGGCCACUGAGAUGUUCAGGCAGACAGCCAGGCCUGCGGCCUUCAUGGUGGCAGGCUCCGUCCACUGGCUCUCCAACUUCACUGUUGGCCUCAUCUUCCCCUUCCUGGAGCGAGGCCUGGGCCCCUACAGCUUCAUUAUUUUUGCAUUCAUCUGUCUGGUCACCCUGAUCUACAUCUGGAUGGUGGUACCGGAGACCAAGAAGAAGACGUUCUUGGAGGUCUUCCAGAUGUUCGCUAAGAGGAACAAAGUGGAGAUAAAUCUGGGUGACAGCAAUCUGCGUCUGAAAGAGCUCAAAGAGACCCCAGAGGAUGCAGUGAAGGUCACGACCUUCUGAAGAAAAAGGAGAGCAUUGAGAGGAGAGGAAGUCCUCUCUGCGGGUGUGGGGCAAGGGAGUGUGUGUGUGUGUGUGUGUGUGUGUGUGUGUGUGUGUGUGUGUGUGUGUGUGUGUGUGGUAGCCGACUGGACAAUGUUUUACUUUUAUAUGCCUUUGUGUGUUUUAUUAUUUGUGCCUGGUAGAUUUGGUAGAUUUCGGUGCAGGCUCAGAUUUACUUUGAGUUGGUGUUUGCACUAUAUGCAGCCUUAAAGAGGUGUGAAUGAGUCAUUAAGUAAAACAACGAGUCUCUUGUAAGCUUUUAUUGAUGAGAUAUGAAUGCAGUACAUGGCGGAA